AUGGGUGAUAUCGACAGCCUACGGAAUACUCUUGUGAACAUACUAUUGGAUCCAACUGUGGAGGCCAAACAGCUACCACUUUCACUUUUUGAGAAUAUCACUGAUAAUUUCUCAGAUGAACGUGUUGUGGGAAGAGGAGGGUUUGGUACCGUUUACAAGGGGUUUCUUCCAAAUGACAGAGUGGUCGCUGUUAAGAGGCUUAAGAUUAAUCGACGGGUUGUUGAUGAUAAGUCAUUUUAUGCUGAGGUUGCUAGUAUGAAGAUGCUGAGAAACAAGAACGUUGUACGGCUGCUAGGCUACUGCAUUCACAUGGAGGAAAAAGAAAUCUUAUAUGAUGGGGAAAAAAUUGCUGCAGAAAAGCGAGAAAGGCUGCUCUGCAUGGAGUUUGUACCCCACGGGCCCGUAAAAAAGGGUGGUCCACCCGGUGGAGCAGAAUGGCCUGACCGCCAUCAGAUAAUAAAGGGGAUCUGUAAUGGUUUAGAUUACAUUCACAGCAAAGGGUUUAUUCAUUUGGACUUGAAACCCGACAAUAUACUGUUGGACAAGGGCAUGGUACCGAAGAUCGCAGAUUUUGGUAUCUCACGGUUCUUUGAUGAUGAAAACACGUCCAGUACCCUCAGCUUUGUUGGAACAAGGGGAUACACGGCCCCAGAGUACAUCGACGAUGGCCUUGUGUCAAACAAGGCUGACAUAUACAGUCUUGGGACUGUAAUAUUUGAACUUCUGACAGAUUUUAAAGGCCCUAAGCUUUACCAAAAGGCACAAGAGGACAAUGAAAGUUUCGUACAACAGGAAUUAGAAAAGUGGACUGAGGCAUUGAGAAGAACUCACCAAGGGUGUGCACUUGAGUUUGCUACCAAAGAGGUGGAAACAUGCCUUAGGAUUGCAUUGAACUGUAAGGACCACAAUCGGCAUCGCAGGCGUACGGCAAAGCAAAUAUCACAAAUUCUUGAUCUGACCUUGGACCCAUAUAUUCUGGACCCAGAUAAACCUGAGGAAGCUGUGCAUGUAGAGAACUUCAGUUCACUGCAAGACAUGGAUUUGCAUCCAAGUCAACCUUGGAUUCUGUUAAGUCUCUUGUCCGGGUACAUUGUAAUGUUAAACUACGACACCAAGGUAACUCUGGCACCGUUUAAACUGAGCGACAAGCCAGUUCAUUCAGCUAAAUUUGUGGAAGGGAACCGCGAUUGGAAUAUUGUGGCCGGUGACGAUCAUGGGGUCCUGUAUGUGUGCAACUUCGAUUGGAUUGAAGAGGGGCUCGUGAAGGUUAAAACUGUCGUUGCUAGUGAGGGUAAGGGUAUCAUAUCUCUGGCAGUCAAUCCAUCCCAGCGUUAUGUGUUACUAUCUACUGGAUCCACCAUUAUGAUCCGGAACACAGAGGACUGGACGUGUAUGUAUGAAGGGCCAAGCUACUUCAGAACAGUGACUCAUGCCUCUUUUAACACUGACAAGGAUGAAUCAUUUGGUGUUGGUUUCUGUGAUGGAUCAGUAAAGCUGUGGAGUCAUGAUCCUCUGACAGCUUCAGCAGGCAAUCAGGAGCCUUACGUUGUGGUGCGUGGUCAUUCAGAGCAAGUAUGCUCAGUCGAUUACUUCAUCGGCAAUUCUGAAGGACUUCACUCUCCUGCAAGGUUUCUAGUUACUGGAUCUAUGGAUAAGACUGCCAAGGUGUGGAAGUACGAUGAUAAGCCCAAGGAUUAUCUUGGGGUUGCAUCUGUUACAGAACCAGAAGCCACGCUUAAACAUGCCGGCGGUGUAACUGCGACCUGCUAUGUCCCCGAGUUGAAAAUCAUAUUAAGUGGAACAGAUAACGGAGUUGUCACGGUGUGGUGCGCAGUAACAUACAGCUGGAAGAGGUACCUAUGCUUUGGUCUCGGGCGAGUUCACAGUCUAGCAUGUUCAACUGGAGGAAGGAUAUUCAUCGGACAUGAGCAUGGACUGGUACUGGUAGAUAUUGGUCUGCAACAGCUUUGA